AUGAACGGAGAUUUACCUCCUAUACCGUAUACAGUCAAGAACAUGCCAAAGCAAUGCACUGAGGACCAACUUAAGUUGGCAUUGUCAGCAGUUCGGCAAAAGAAAAUGAAAAUAAAGACGGCUGCUCGGCUUUACAAUGUGCCGAAAUCUACUUUAUUUGAUAAGGUGAAGGGAACAUACAUCGGCAAACAGCGGGGACCGGCGAGGCAGCUUCUCCCUGAUGAAGAAGAGUCUCUGAAGGGCCCAGCUGAUGACUGGUUUGUAAAGUUUUUUAGUCGCCAUCCAAACCUAGCACAAAGGAAACCGGAGAAUAUGGAUAAAGCUAAAAUGUCCAUGUCUUCAAAAAAGAUGCUUGACGAGUUCUUUCCCUUUCUAGAAGGUGUACUGGAUAAAUAUGGAAUACGAGACAAACCUCACAGGAUUUUCAACUGCGAUGAAACAGGAUUCACAGGAAAAGAAGCUCCACGGGCAAAAGUAAUCGGACCCCGCGGUGGACACCUGUUCAGACGUAAAACAGUUUCUGCUGACCAUGUGACAGCUCACCUAUGCGUUUCAGCAGAUGGACAUUUUUUACCACCUGCAAUAAUUUACAAGGGAUCAUUACCACAUCAGCACUACAAAGACAGCGUCCCAUCCUCAUGGCACUUCGGUCACAGUGAAAAUGGCUAUAUGGACCGUGAUCUUUUUCACAAGUGGUUUGUCAACGUGUUUGUCCCUAACUGCGGCAGAGAGAGACCCGUAAUACUUGUAAUGGACAAUCAUGACUCUCAUAUAAGUAUCGCUGUCAUUGAGAAGGCAAUAUCAGAGGGUAUUGUGCUUCUUGGUCUGCCUGGGCAUUCCACUCAUAUCCUGCAACCUUUAGACGUCAAUAUUAUAUCACCGCUGAAAGACGCGUACACGAAAGUGGCAGCCGGUCUUGGCUACUUAAAUACCGCUGUCAGUGUUGGGAAAGCCAAGUUUCCGGUCGUCUUAAAGCAUGCAAUGGACAAGAUUGCGCCAGCUACCAUAGUCAACGGUUUCGCUAAAACUGGCAUCUGUCCGUUCAGUCCUUCUGUGAUAGACACGUCACAGAUAGUAGAACCGACUUUCAGAGACGACGCAAACGGAGGACCAGAUGAGCCUGAGGUGAGGACCUGUGGUACCUGUGGGUCUUACAUUACUAACCCAUUGGUGAGAAGAGGACUCAUUUCAAAUUCACUGGCAAACAUUCUGGUACCCCCUCCCACAGAACCACAGAAUAAACAGCAGAAAAGAACAUGGGUUGUAGCCGAGGGCAGACUUAUCAGCGGCAAUGAUAUGCUGAGUCAGCUAAAGGAGAAGGAAGAACUUGCUGAAAAAAAGAAGAGUGAAUCAGAAAAAAGGAAAAUGGAAAUGAAAAGAAAACUGAAAGAAGAAGAUGAUAGGAUGAAAAAGAUAAAGAGAAUGAAAGAAAAAGAAGAAAGAGAAGCUAGAAAGCUAAAGGACAAAGAAAUGAAAAGUAUUAGGAAACAGAAAAAAAAGGAAGAGCAAGAACGAAAACAGAAGGAGAAGGUGGCCAUUACGAGAAAACGUCUAUUUACUGAGGAGCAGAUCAUGUCAGCGAACAUGUAUGUAUGUGGCGACUGUAAAGAGAAGGGGAGGCCAGAUGAUGAGAUUAACGGCAUUCUUUGGUUCGGCUGCGAUGAAGAGACAUGUGGAUUAUGGUUUCAUGAGCAUUGUCUGACACAACAGGCCAAGGAAUAUCUUUGGGAAAGUUUAGAAAAUGGGGAGGAGUGGUUUUGCCACUGUUGUAAGCCGUGGCUUUACGAGGAGUAG